CGUCGCUGGUCUGUAGGCAGCGAUGACCUCGUUUUGCCAGCCGUCUUCCUUUUCCUCCUUCAUACCACCUGGUUUGUGAUCCUCUCUGUGGUGCUCUUUGGGCUGGUGUACAACCCCAACGAGACCUGCUCGCUUAACCUGGUGGACCACGGCAGAGGCUACCUGGGCAUCCUGCUCAGCUGUAUGAUCGCAGAGGUGGCAAUCAUCUGGCUCAGCAUGCGAGGCAGUAUCCUGUACACAGAGCCCCGGGACUCGAUGCAGUAUGUGCUCUAUGUCAGACUGGCUAUCUUGGUGAUCGAGUUUGUGUAUGCUAUUGUGGGCAUCGUUUGGCUAACGCAGUACUACACUUCCUGCAAUGAUAUCACUGCAAAGAGUGUAACUUUGGGAAUGGUAGUGUGCAACUGGGUUGUCAUCCUGAGUGUCUGCAUCACUGUCCUGUGCGUCUUCGACCCAACAGGGAGGACCUUUGUGAAGCUGCGUGCCACAAAGCGAAGACAGCGCAACCUGAGGACAUACAACCUGCGGCAUCGCCUGGAAGAAGGGCAAGCCAGCAGCUGGACACGCCGACUCAAAGUUUUUCUUUGCUGCACACGGACAAAAGACUCCCAAUCGGACGCCUACUCUGAAAUCGCCUACCUUUUUGCUGAGUUUUUCCGAGACCUUGACAUCGUCCCAUCUGACAUCAUUGCAGGCCUGGUUCUUCUGCGCCAACGGCAGCGGGCAAAACGCAAUGCUGUGCUGGAUGAGGCAAACAAUGACAUUUUAGCUUUUCUGUCUGGGAUGCCAGUGACCAGGAACACAAAGUAUCUGGACCUGAAAAAUGCGCAAGAGAUGCAGCGAUAUAAGGAGGUGUGUUACUACAUGCUGUUUGCCUUGGCUGCCUAUGGGUGGCCCAUGUACCUGAUGAGGAAGCCCACAUGUGGACUCUGUCGCCUGGCCAGAUCCUGCUCAUGUUGCUGUCUCUGCCCCUCGCGUCCCCGCUAUGCACCUAGUGUCACCAUUGAGGAGGAUAACUGCUGUGGCUGUAAUGCCAUUGCCAUCCGGCGCCACUUCUUGGAUGAGAAUAUGACUUCAGUAGACAUUGUUUACACUUCUUGUCAUGAUGCGGUUUAUGAAACUCCUUUCUAUGUUGCUGUGGACCAUGAUAAGAAGAAAGUGGUCAUCAGUAUCCGAGGAACUCUAUCUCCAAAAGAUGCCUUGACUGACCUAACUGGGGAUGCAGAGCGCCUUCCAGUUGAGGGUCACCAUGGAACGUGGCUAGGACACAAAGCUGCGAGAGCUGGGCCUGAUGAGCCUGGAGAAGAGACGACUGAGCGGCGAUCUCAUCAAUGUGUCCAAGUAUCUGGAGGGAGGCUGUCGCGAGGAUGGGGAGCCAGGCUCAUCUCCGUGGUGGCCAGUGACAGGACAAGAGGCAACGGGCAGAAACUGGAAGCCAGGAAGUUCCAUCUGGACCUGAGGACAAGCUUCUUUCCGGAGAGGGUGACUGAGCACUGGACCAGGUUGCCCAGAGAGGGAAUGGUGCUAUCUGCUGAGUACAUCAAGAAGAAAUUGGAACAAGAGAUGGUGCUUUCUCAAGCAUUUGGACGAGACCUGGGCAGAGGGACAAAACACUAUGGCCUGAUUGUGGUUGGUCAUUCUCUAGGGGCUGGCACAGCUGCCAUCCUGUCCUUCCUCUUGCGUCCACAGUACCCAUCACUGAAGUGCUUUGCAUAUUCUCCCCCAGGUGGGCUACUGAGUGAGGAUGCCAUGGAGUAUUCAAAAGAGUUUGUGACCGCAGUCGUGCUUGGCAAAGAUCUAGUGCCCAGGAUUGGUCUCUCACAGCUAGAGGGGUUUCGCCGGCAGCUUCUUGAUGUUCUUCAGAGAAGUAACAAACCAAAGUGGCGAAUCAUUGUGGGUGCUACAAAGUGCAUACCGAAGUCAGAGCUCCCUGAAGAGAGGGAAGAAAAUUCAGUAACCAGUAAUCGCCUCUGGACCCAUCCCAGUGAUCUAACAAUUGCCCUGUCUGCAAGCACACCACUCUACCCACCUGGCCGCAUCAUCCAUGUGGUACACAAUCAUCCUGCAGAACAGUGCUGUUGCUGUGAGCAAGAGGAUCCCACUUACUUUGCUAUCUGGGGUGACAAUAAGGCGUUUAAUGAAGUAAUCAUCUCACCAGCAAUGUUGCACGAACACCUCCCGUAUGUGGUCAUGGAAGGGCUCAACAAGGUCCUGGAGAAUUACAACAAGGGGAAAACAGCUUUACUUUCUGCAGCCAAAGUAAUGGUGAGUCCUACAGAAGUGGAUCUAACCCCAGAGUUGAUCUUCCAGAGUCAACCCUUGCCUAGCGGACCCUCAAUACAGAUUGGAACUGGAGCUAUAACAGUGGACAGAAGGAACAGCAGUAUUAAGAGCAAGUCCCAUUCUGAAAUUAGUUUGGAGGGGUUUUAUGAGACAAAGGCACUUUCUCCUGUGCAGAAAGACCCUGUGGAGCUUCUCCUCCUGGAUACAAAGGAACGUCUGUCUGUGGAGCUGCAGGACCGUCGUGCCCCUCUAGCGACCAUGGAGAGUCUCUCUGAUAAUGAAUCCAUCUACAGCUUUGAUUCAAGGCGCUCCUCUGGUUUUCGGAGUAUCCGGGGCUCCCCCAGCCUCCAUGCUGUCAUGGAGAAGGAUGAGACACAUUGCUUUUAUAUAGACCCUGUUAUCCCUGAGGAGAACCCCUCCCUCAGCUCGCGGACAGAGCUGCUGGCUGCUGAUAGCCUUUCCAAGCACUCCCAGGAGACUCAGCCCCCUGACACAGUGCUCAACAGCGGUGGUACUACUCCCCAGCGACGCUGCAGUGAGGAGGGGGCCAGCAGUGAGGGGGACCGUGUUUCUUUAGCCCCUCAUGAGGAGCUGUCCCUCCAGAAUGGUCGGCUCACUGAUGUUCCUAGUCCCCAAGUACUGGAGUUUGCGGAGUUCAUAGACAGCCUCUUUAAUUUGGAUAGCAAAAGCAGCUCCUUCCAGGACAUCUACUGCAUGAUGGUGUCAGACAGCUCCAGUGACUUUGCAGAGAUGCCAAAGUCUGUUAGUGAUCAGGAGAUCCUGUUAAGGGCACAGUAUGAGCCAAACCUAGUCCCAAAGCCCCCAAGGCUGUUUGCAGGCUCAACAGAUCCUUCGUCGGGCAUCUCUGUCUCACCCUCCUUCCCUCUUAGUUCAUCUGGAGAACUCAUGGACAUCACUCCCACAGGUGUGAGCAGCCAGGAGUGCCUGGCUACUGACAAAAUCCGGACUUCCACUCCCUCUGGGCAUGUAACCAGCCCUGCCAAGCAGGAGGACCUCAUGAUUUCGGCCCUCUAGUGCAGGGGUAAAGGGGUGCAGCUCUGCGAGCUGAUCCCGUAGGCUGAGUGCUGGGAUAAUACUUGGAAGAGCUGGUCAUUGGGCAGUUCAGAUCGGAGGAGACACUUGGAAACAUUCCUUCUGGGGUGCUACAGUGGCAGCACAGUGAUAUCUGGAGGAUGGAUUGUGCUUGGGUCCCAUGCUUUUAUAUGGGAGAAGAAGCAUUGCCUCACAAUGCCUGCUACAUUAAGAGGGUCUGAGUCACUAAAGGUAGAUGCAAGGUCCCUACCUUAGUCUGCCUGAGUUCCUUUAAGGGGCAGAUACCUUGCCCCAGGGCACCUACGGAGGUAUGGGAGUGAGAUAUCUUGCUUCAGGGAAUCCUUUGGGGUGAAGGGGUGGAUUCUCUGAAGCUCCAAGAUUGGAUAGACAGAAGCAAGGGGACCAGAUUACCUCCCUGGUACUAUUUUCAAUGGUUUUGGUAAUGAGCGGAUUGAGACUUUGGGCCCUAUUGCACUAACAUGUUGGAUCUGGCCCAAGAUCCAAUUCAUCACACUUCCAUGGGGAUUGUUUUUGUAGGACACUCUCCAAUUUUAAAGCCAUUGGGGCUGUAUUCUCCCUAAAUGCAGUCUCCCCUUCCCUGGCCAGGCACAGCAAGAAUCAGGCUGGCACUGUGUUUUUACUCCCCUGAGUAUUUCUAUGUUCAGUGACCACCAGGCUUCUUCUGAGAGGAAAGGAAACUUGUUUUCUGGAGAGCCAAAGCCCUUUGCCAUGUUCCUUCCUUUGCUAGAAGGAGUUCUCCCGAAUGUCACCAUCGUCACUUCACAGUUCCUUGGACUACUCUGAGCUGCCGGACUGACAGGAUUCUCAUCUCAGAGCUGCAUGGAUGGAGCAACUUCAACAUUUGAAAGGCUUGUCAGCACCCAGCAUUAUUUACUAGGCCCCUGUGGAGCCUGGGAGCCUCUGCUGGACCCUGCUGGGUCCUCGCACCACCCAUGUGCAGUAAUCACAGAUCAGUGCCAGCUUCUGUCAUUGAGAGUUCAGGGAAAAGAUGAACUUUUACUAAGUAUUGAAAUCUCCUGUAUGUUUACAGAGCUGCUAAGCUUUUUGGAAGGUAUUUAUUAAGCAAACAGGAAAGCUUUCCCUAAGCGAAAAGCAUGUUCAUUCUCUCUUUCCUGUGCCAUUCCCUCUGGGGAUUUAGGGAAGAGAAGAUGUGUAGACAUUGGUAGGAUUGCAAGUCCCCUGUUUUUAAAGUGGGGGUAGGGUAAUGGGAGAACCCCUUGGAUCUAAGUGUAGGGGAAACUGCAUGCAUCCCUCACCCACCCUCCCUUCUCUGCCUCCCCAUUGCACGACAACGCAUUACAUACCUUGGUUUUACCAACCAUGUUGCUGGUAAAACAGCCUGAGCACUGCCGUGCAGAGCCUCUGUGCCCAGAGUAGUCUAGCAGAGCUGUCAUAUGGCAGGAAUUUUCUGACAAUGGAGGCAGGAGAGAAA